AUGCUUAUGCUGUUUGCUCAUCUACUCCUAUCACAGCUCGGGCCCAAUAAACAUGUGCAUGGCUCCCCACAAGAAAAGAAAACCUUUAAGGAGGAGGUCCAGGUGUCACACGGACAGAAGGAUCGCGACGGCUGGAUCGUUUCCGGACUGGCCCACAUCUACGCCAGCUUCAACGACACAUUUGUCAACAUCACAGAUCUGUCUGGCAAGAAAACCGAUCUACGGCGGCAUUUAAGUCAAGGUCAAUCACGACGAGUCUUGCCCUACGCUGCUCAGGAUGUCGCCGAGAAGUUUUAUUUGCUGGGGAUCACCGCGCUGCGCAUUAAUUUGCCUAAGGAGGAAAUGGCACUCCGUGCCAUGGCCUGUUCGUCGAUGAAAAUUUGCCGAAUCGAGGACGUGACGUCAAUCCCGUCCGAUUCGACCCGCCGUAAGCUAGGUCACCGCGGUCCUUUUUGUGGCACUGUACGAAUUUUCAUUCCACACUCAAAAAUGUAA